AGUGGUUUGCUGCUCGCGUGUGGUUUUAAGAGGUUAACAUCAUAGAGAUGAUUUAAAACUGGAGAAAAUGAUACAAGCGACACGUGAGAGACGAAUUAUCGUGAAUGACAAUUAAAUACCUAACGUGUCGACUUAAUCAGAGAUGACAAAAUCUAUUUCUGGCCAUUGUUUAUCAUUGCUGAAAUGGCAUCUCAAGGAACCGAUUUAACCAGGAAAAUGCUGUGCCCUGAUGGAAUUCUCAGUCUCGUCUGCUUCGUCACAGCUGCUUUGGUCUCAUUGUUACCCGAAUUAUUGUUCAGUGUGGGAUUUAGCAUUUAUGUUGAAUACUUUUCAAAUAUCUGCUUUCUACAUGCGAUACAGUACGUUGUCAUAAAUGUGUUUGCAUUCCUGGCAUUCCAUGGCUUUUCCUAUCAGGUGGCGGUCAGAGCAUUGUUUCUUGGAUAUGUAUUCGGAAUUGGCAUACUAGUAUCGUUCACUGCACCACCGUCAUGGCAGAUAUUCGGCAUUUAUGCGGCGGUAUUAGCAACUUUCCAUUACUCGGAAUUUCUAGCUAUAGCAUGGACAAAUCCGGCAACUCUGACGAUCGACAGCUUUAUACUGAAUCACAGUGUGGCGUACGGCGUCGCGGCGUGUCUCAGUUGGAUAGAAUUCCUUAUAGAGAGAUAUUACUUCGAUCAAAUGAAAGUGCCGUCCGUCGUGUCCUACGCUGGCUUGGUGCUGUGCAUCGCUGGCGAAAUCCUGAGGAAGGCAGCGAUGUGCACCGCAAAGCACAAUUUUAAUCAUAUUGUGCAAAGCGAGAAGAGCGACGAUCACCAACUUAUUACACACGGUGUAUACAGUGUGUGCAGACACCCCAGCUACGUAGGAUGGUUCUACUGGUCCAUAGGCACACAGAUGAUACUUCAAAAUCCAGUCUGCUACGUUGCAUACGCAUUAAUGUCAUGGCGAUUCUUCCACGAUCGUGUUCAGAUUGAGGAAUUAACGUUGUUGAACUUCUUCGGCGAGGACUAUAUGAAAUAUCAGGAGAAGGUGGGCACUGGACUUCCAUUUAUCUAUGGAUAUAAAAUUAGCUCGUAGCAUUCUAUACCGAUGUAAUUCCAUCUUGUAAAGUUUAAUUUAACGAGCCAAAAAAUUCUAUUCAAAUUUGUGUAAAUACUAAUGGCAUUAAUGGUAACUAUUUAGAAGUGUAGAAACUUAAUUUUUCUAUACAUGUUUUUUCUUCUUAAUUUAUUAUGCUUCUUAACUAUUACUGUGUAAUUAUUAUUCUUGUUUUAUUAUUUAAACGAGAAAUAAUUUUGACAAUUCGUGACAUGUGAUUAUUUGCCAAUUUACAUUUCUGAUUUAGUCGUAAGAUUUGUCUUCAGAAAUUUUUAUGUAUGCAAA